GUCCCCUACCGCCGUCAUUUGCCGUCGAUGUUUUCCAGUUUCUAUCCCGAGCGUCGUCAUUUGACGUCGUAAUAUUAAUAGUACCCCUUCCCGACUGCCGUCGUAUGACGGCAUCCAAUAUGGCGCCUCCCUUGCCUAGCGACUUCAUAUGACGGCAUGAGAAAGAAACUACGAUUGGUAAGUUUUAAAUAGCUUGUUUUGUGAUUGGUAGUUGGUUUUCUUUUAGCCAAUAAAAAUUAGAAUACCAUAGUACAUAAUGUAAACAUUAUUCGGGCCGCGGGAGAUACGCACAUGGAGGAAAUACGAAGAAUUUUUGAGGAGAGCUCCGGGUCUGAAUUUUCUGGAUUUAAUAGUGAAAGCGAGUCUGACAGCGAUGAUUUUAGCGAUAUUUCUUUGAAUAACACCACAAAUUCAGAGUCUUUUGAUGAAAUAGAUAACAGUAGUGAAGAUUUUAGAAGAAAUCAAUGGGAAAACGAUCUAGUAGGGGUGGAUAAAGAGCCUUUCUGUGGCGAGGAGCCUGGAUGCACACAUGAACUGACAGGUGAUAAAGAUGAACUAGAUUUUUUUAAACUGUUUUUCUCUGAUGAGAUACUGAAUAUUUUGGUUGAAAAUACCAAUUUAUAUGCAGCAUACAAAGGUGCCAAUGACUCUAAGUGGAGAGAAAUAACACUGCCCGAACUUAAAGCAUGGCUUGGCAUCAGGGUUGCCAUGAGUAUCUUGUACCUGCCACGCUAUGACCAGUACUGGUCAAAUGAUUACCUUUUAGGUAAUCUUUUCAUACCAACAGUGAUGACCAGGGACAGGUUUGACAAGAUUCAGCAAUAUUUUCAUGCAAACAAAACAUGGGGGAGAGAUCUCCCAGACAGAGGGGAGCCUGGCCAUGACAGACUGUUGCAUGUUAGGCCCAUUCUUGACAUAUUAAAUCAAAAAUGCCUUCAAAAUUAUAAUCCACACCAAAACACCAGUGUGGAUGAAGGUAUGAUUGCAUUCAGGGGACGACUAGGCUUUCGCCAAUAUUUACCAGCCAAGCCUACAAAAUAUGGGAUAAAAGUCUGGGUGAGAGCAGACCCUGAAAAUGGUUACCUAAAUGAAUUCCAGAAACAAGACUAUGAUGUUCCAAGUGAGUGCAAGUUUAUUAUUAUUAUUUAUUAUUUUUUUUUUUUACAGAUUUACACUGGCAGACAAGGAAAUCGAGGUCAGCCCGAGAUUGGUUUAGGUGCCAGAGUUGUACUAGACCUCUGUGAAAACAUCAGUGGCGUCAACCAUAUUGUUAAUAUGGACAAUUAUUUCUCUAGUCCACAGUUAUUUGAAGAGUUGCUGGAUAUGAAUAUCUAUGCCAGGGGGACAGUGAGGUCCAACAGGAGGGGUUAUCCCAGCAACCUUCUUCCAAAUAACUGCGUUAAGGUUCAAGGGGAGAACAGAAUGGUACAGAAGGGAGAAAUGAUAGCAGUGGCAUGGAAAGACAAGAAAGUUAUACAUUUCCUGUCCACUGCAGAGGAUCCAGCAUCUGCAAUUGGCUACACAAACAGAAAGCAGAAAACUGGAGAAAUUCUGCGAGUUUCUUGUCCGGUGACAGUCUCAGAGUAUAAUGCCUACAUGAAUGGAGUGGACAGGGCAGAUCAACUACGAAAUGAGUACUGCACCUACAGAACCUCAAAGAAAUGGUGGCUCUAUGUUUUCUGGUUUUUGUUUGAUGUAGCCAAAUGCAAUGCCUUCAUCUGUAUGAAAGAGUCACAGAACCACAUCCUUCAAUCAAAAUCUGGAAGGGUUUUGCCUCGUACUCUGAUGGAUUUUACCAUGAAUUUAUCCAAGAGGCUCAUCGGAACAUAUCGCAACGGUCGGAAGAGAAAACUUACCUCAAAUGUAGACCCCCAAGGCACAAGUCACUUACCUCGGAAAACUGUGAAGGCAGGUAGAUGUAGGCAGUGCAGCAAAAAUGGACAAAGAAGGGAGUCCAGGGUACAGUGCUCUGGUUGCAGUGUCAGCCUGUGUAUUGACUGUUUUGAACCAUAUCAUCAACAUCUGUAACUAUGUCACCUUUAUUUCACAUGUGCCAAAUUAAUUUUAUUUUUAUAAUCUCUUGAACUGAACAUGUAGAAUGUCUUGAACUUGAACAUGUAGAAUGUUGGUGCAUGUAUUGAAUACAUUUUAUCAAAUACUAGUAUUUUUUUUCUUCUAUAAAUUUGCAGGUAAUUUGUAACUG